GUAGAGAAGAAGCGAUGCGCCCUCAAGCGUCAUAUUGCUUUGCUCUAACAUACACGAGCACUCUCUCCUUCUCCCUCUUUCCCAAUUCUAGUCUCCACUCUCCAGCGAGACGGUGGCGUGGUCAGUUGGGAGCAGGUUGUUUUCCUCGUUUCGGCCCUAAGAAAAAUUCACAGCAGAAACAACAAUGACUGAGAAGAAAAGUGAAGACUACUUCGCGGUCGCUCCACCCAAACGCUCCGGCUGGGAAAAUUUUAAGGUUUUUCUCUGGAAUGGAGAGACAAGUGAAUUCCUCGGUCGCAGCGCCAGCAGCUGGGCCAAAAUUUUCUUGUUCUACGUCGUCCUCUACGCCUUCCUCGCCGCUUUCUUUGCAGCAAUGCUCUUGGUCUUCUUCCAGACGCUAGAUCUUUACCAACCCAGGUGGCAAAAUGCCAACGGACUCAUCGGUACUAAUCCAGGACUCGGAUUCCGUCCCAUGCCCUCAUCUGCGAACGUGGAAAGCACAUUGAUUCACUUUAAACAUGGAACGGCCGGAAACUGGAAACACUGGACCUCCGAACUUGAGAAAUUUCUUUAUCCUUACGAUACCGUGGCCAGCAGUGGUGAGUACUUCACGAGCUGCAGCUUUGACAAGUGGCCAGCUGAGGGAAAGGUAUGCAACUUUGAUAUCAAAUUGUUGGGCACCCAAUGCACCAAGGAGGAGCUCUUUGGUUAUGAACGUGGACGUCCAUGCAUCGUCCUCAAGCUCAACCGCAUCUUUGGCUGGUCACCCGAACCAUAUGACGAUCCCAACGAUUUGCCUGCCAAUAUGCCUACUGAGCUGAAGGAAUACAUCAAGACGAAAGCAAAUGAGAAUAAAGAACAAUUGAAAAUGAUUUGGGUCUCGUGUGAUGGCGAGAACUCUGCUGAUCGCGAGCAUAUUGGAAACGUAACGUACACUCCAUUCCGUGGAUUCCCUGCCUACUAUUUCCCUUACAAGAAUGUUCCAGGCUACCUUAGCCCAAUCGUCGCCCUUCAGUUUCAAAAACCCGAAGCUGGUGUUCUAAUCAACAUCGAAUGCAAAGUCUGGGCCAAGAACAUCAUCCACGACCGCCAACGCCGUCUGGGCUCGGUGCACUUUGAGCUCUUGAUGGAUUAGAAUAACAUUGUGGUGUUACAUAGGAACAUAUUAAUGAUAAGUGCAAAUUAGUAAUUUGCUAUGAAUCUCCCAUCAUUGCCACAUUAUUUUCACAUUCUUUAAUGGUGAACUAUUUUAACUAAUUAUGGUUGACAUGGUUUUAAGUUGAAAGAGAAGGUAAGUAGAUAUUUGUAGCUGGUAAAAAUUAUUGGUGUUCAAACUGUAGCCAUCCACAUCCCUCCUUUGCCGGCUAUUUCGGCCAUAUUUACCCUUUGAAUCUUUAAAUUUCAAAGAAAAAAAAAUCUCUUUUGUAUAGUUAUUCCAGAUGUUGGAAAUUGCAGCUUGCCAGAAAAAAAAAAAGAAAAUAGUAUUUCAGGUCCCUUUUGAAACAUCAUAAGAAUCUCCUUUGGAUCUGUAAUAUCAAAAGACUGAAGGUUUCAGCAGUUUUCAGCUCUUUCUGUCUUACUAAAAUGUAUCAUUCCAACUCUCUUGGACUUGUUCUGCAAUAAAAUUAACUGAUCCAUUCCUGAAAAAA